GGUUUACGUUCCCGAAAUAAGCGAGGGGUUCUUUCAAGUACACGCAUACUUUCUUAAACAUAAGCGGCGGUACGGCGUUUGGGGGUGGACUCGAUCUGGUUAUUUUCGACAAAGUCCGGCAUGAGGGAUACUAAAAGUCACGACGAAUCGGUGUUACGGGUCACGAGAGGUACUCAGUUGGAUGCUGAGCAUAUGUUUUGCGGUUUCUGUUUUGUUUUGCGGCCAGCAGUCGUCACUUGGGAAUGCCAUCAGGUCACGACGCAUUUUUGCUCCUCGUUCUUCAUCUGUCUAUUGGAGGACUGGGGAAAAGGCCAGGGAUCACAUGGGCAAGGCGCGAGAGCCAGGGCCGAGUCCGGAGGCGAAUCCGGGGUUCCGUUUAUUCGUCGACCGGUUGUGUUUCACAGCGUUUGCUGGAAUCAUGCCCUCAAUGGUGACCAGCGCUGGGGUCCGUAUGUCCGUAGAGAGACUACACGUUUUGAUGUCCAUAGCAGACCUUGGAAUCCUACAGAAUUUCCCCGAAACUUUGACGAGCGAUAAUCUAUCCCAAGAUAUUGUCGUAUCGCAGAUUUCACAGUCGGGACCACGCAGAAAAUAAGAGAAGGCGGGUCAGUUUGUCGCCAAGGCCGGGAGGUGUCACCGGAGUGUCGCGGAAACUUUCAGGUGACGGAACGGAGGAAGGGGUUUUGGGACCGUCCCAAGUGCGCGGCAAAUCUGGCCGAUUGACCUAGCAGAGUUGUGCCCAAUUGUUUUGCAACCAGUUUUUGGCGAUGGGCGCGGAGCAGUUAGUCGGAUCGGGUCGA